GGUUAGUGAAUUAGAAAGAAGUAAAAAACAAAAGUUAUAGCCGGUUCGGAGCAGCCUUUUAGUUUUAACAUAGUAAUACAUAUCCACAACAAUGCUGUGUCCAGAGAUAUACAAUUUUCCUUCCCCGAAAAUAAUAUCCUCGUCCAAGAAGCAUGGAAACUUUGAAGUCGCAAUGAGCACCAUUCGAUCAAACACAUUCUAUAAAAGUUUAAUUGUGACAUGCCCUGAUGAAAUACACGCUCCAAGCUCCAUAGAAGAAGUAAUUACAGAAGACACUGAAUAUUACAAAGUCAGCAACUGUCCUCUUACAGAAUUCAUAAAGGUGGAUUUCAUUGAAAACUUUGUGAAGAAAGGAAGUUUACAUUGUAUGAGUGUAGUUAGGAACUGUGUUGUGGAAAAUUGUGCUGCGAUAACACCAGACGGUAUACUAACUCUACAUGUUUUAGACUUCAUUUACCAACAAUUAGGCUUGGAAGGCGCAAAACGUCCACAUAACUUCUAUGAAGUAAAAAUAGACUUGAGUCAUCUAAAACAUAAUGCCAAAAUGGUAUCUAGCCUUAGUAAAUUGGAAAGAUUCGACUUUUUUGUGUCAUGGGAGCCAAAAUGUGAAGAUGUGUGCCCAUCAUCAAUAGCAAAGUAUUUUUACGAUAAUGAUAUCAAUGUAGCUUUAUGUACUGUAAAGUUUCACCAUGUAUCUCCUUCAGUUGAAGAAAUACCCGCUUUAGAUGCAGAGUUAGAUGAGAUAUCAGAAUGGAUUGGUAUGCUCGCACAUAAUGCUGAUACAAACCCGACAGAGACAUAUAUUAGUUCAUACAGCACACCUGAAAGUGAAAAUGCAUUGAAAUCUUCAAGAGUAACUGUUCUUAUUGCUAAAGGGUUUUUCACUCCAGUAACUGUGGAGCGAGUAUGCAGGAAAGUUGAGGAGUAUGUAAAGAGCAGAGAAACAGAGCACUAUUGGGCAUCGCUGAGUGUACAGAGCUUCGAAAACUGCUUGUGGCAAUGGAGUCGGGGCAGCCCUAGGAUGUUCCAGGCUCAUGAUUCUUCCUGCAACUUGUUCUUUAGCCAUACUGGUGUAGCGGAGCACAGUGUUGGCCAAAUAAAAUAUUCAUAGCACUU